UCCCCUGACAAUGCUUCCUACGAAUCUUGUGUGUUUUGUCUAACAGUAGGAUAAGUCAAGAAGUGCGAACGUUGCCUGGCUGUCAGUUAUUGCUCAAACUCAUGUCAAAUGCAACACUGGCCCGAUCAUAAGACCGUUUGCGAAAAGAAUAAGGACGUGGUUGAUGUGAAAAAGACUGAUGGAUAUAAGGAACAGCUGAAAAAAUCAAAAUCAGACAGAAUCCGUUCUCAGGCAAACCAAGGCCGUAAUAGCUUUACAGGUUUUGAUAAUGGACACCACAUUAUGUUUGGAUCGUCAGCAAUAUUCAGAACAGAUUUUGCCGAUUUUUCUUUGCGAAAGUCGACAACAAAAGACCUAAGAAAACAGGCAAAACUUUACGUGGAACGGAAGUUCCCCCAGCAGUAUAUUAUUGAGGAUAUUGAAGAAAUACCCCCUGACUUUCCCUUGAGUUUUGGUAAUGCAAGAGUGUCCUUCGUGGGAUUUAUUUCUAGGUAUCACCACUAUAGAGGGCGCCAUUGUGUGUAUAUUCAAGAUGGAAAUAAUGCUGAAAUAUAUGUUGGAUUUUACCUUGAUUACGAUAAUCCAUAUCCAUAUUUUACUUGGGGAGAUGUGCGUCCAGGCAAGUUCAUCUGUCUUCACGAUCCCAGAAUUCAUUUCUUUCUAGACGGAUCUGUUGGAAUCCGUGUCAACGAAAGUAGCGAGGUCUUCAUUUUUGACAUUUGAAUUCACACUGACUCUAGAAUGUGGAUAUGAUUUAUAACAAACAUACUUGUGUCCUUUUCCUUUGCUAGCUAGUUGUGAUGUUUGCUAAAACAUAGUUAUCAGAGUUAGAAAUACGUGAUAAAAUUUGUGGUGUUA